AUGGGGGUUGCUGGUCAGAGGGUGGGAUGCCCGCGGCUGGUGAUGGUGCUGGUGGUGGUGGCGGCGGUUGGGGUGGCAGCUGUGGUCGGGCAGAAGGAUUACAAUCGGCCUGCAAGCCUCAAAUUUGCUUUGGCUGAGAGUGGCGUCGAAUUUAUCAAGGACUUGGUCAACCCCGUCAUUGAAAAAGCCGUGACAUCCGUGACCAUCCCCGAUGUCAAGGUCGGCGCGCUGGGCAUUGAAAUCCUUCUGUCCAACAUAACCGUCAAGCGCUUUGCUUUCAACGAUGAGGAUGUGCAGCUGGCCGCCCCCUCGUCCGUCAUGAUCACGGCACAGAACAUGGACAUUGAAGCUGACAUGGGUUGGCGCUACCAUGACGGCCUGAUCAAGAUCGAGGGCACCGCCCGUGAUAUUCUCAAUGAUACUUCCCUGACCAUCCAGCUGGCGCUCAGUGCUGAAGACGGCCACCUUUCUCUGGCCCUGCCCACAUGCCAGCUCGACGUCCACAACUUCCACAUCAUCCUUGAUGGCGGGGAUUCGAGCUUUUACCAAGCCAUUGUCAACAUGAUCUCUGGUCCCCUCCGCUCUGUUUUCGAAAAGGUCAUUUCCGAAGCCAUCGGCGAUGCCAUCAACGCACUCGCCACCAAAGUUCUGCCCGAGGUGCCGGUCGAACUGCCCCUUGGUAACAGCAUGGUGGUCGACUAUGCGCUCGUCAACACCAGCAAUAAUCAAGGACUGGCGGGGUAUCACUACAGCGACAACCACUUUAGUGGUGACCACCGCGCCGUCCUUUUCACUUCCUUCAGUCUCAGCGUGGGCGCCUAUGAUAGUUUUGACGUUUCGGGCUACUUUUUGCCCAAGUUCAGCGGUUCUUUUGCCAUGCAAGUCCAUCAUGAUCAAGACUCGCUUGUCGAAAUCAACGGCCUCAGCGCCGGCAAGCUGGAGAUGCACAACCCGGGCAUGUGCUGGCCCGAAUAUCAUACCGACACCACGGCAUAUUUCAAUGCCACUGCAGGCGUCUACUAUCCAUUGCGUCUGCGCUACCAGUCCGGCUGUGGAGGUGGCAAGGUGGAGCUGCGCCUGUGCGAAGCAGGCAGUGAUUGUGUGGUGCUGUCGCCGCUUAAUGUCACCACCAACACGUCACAGGAAGUUCCGGUUUUGGUCACAACCGAGGCCAUUCUCGUGUCCUCUGGUGCAGAGAUCUAUGAUGCCGCUCACCCCCAAGAGGCAGCCGCACCUCAUGCCAAGCUGCCCGUGGCCCUGCCUGCCAGCUUUAAUCAAUCCCAAGACAUGCUUGCCGUCUUUGUGGACCCUUAUCUGCUGACCUCGCUCAUUAGCACUUGGGUUCAGGCAGGCGAGUUCAACGCCACAUGGACGAAUGCAACCCUCCCCCCGGCCGUGGCUCGCUACAUCCAGCUCAACACGACAUUCUUCAAAACAUUGCUGCCAGAGUUAUACGCGCGCUUCCCAAAUGACGCCAUGACCCUGACCACCUUUGUGGAGCGCUUCGAGCCCUUUAUGGUGACAUCCGACGCAUCCUUGACGGCCAGCAUCACCUUUGGCUGCAACGUCUCUGUUCUGCAAGGCGCACCAACACCCGCAAGCAUCCCGGCCAUGAUGCUCUCUCUGCGAGCCAACUUUACCGCUUCUGUGCAGUUGCGCAAUGGGACCAUCGUGCCCCAGAUCAGUGCCAUCAACGUCGAUCCUGGGCUACAAUGGGCCCUGGUUCCCGUUUAUAAUGUCAGCCAGCUGGAUCCCUUGUUAGACAACCUGUUUGCCAAGGUUUUGCUGCCGCUCCUAAACGACGCCCUGGCAGCGGGUAUCCCCUUGCCCAAUUUUGGCCCGCUCGAGUUGGUGGGGACGAAGAUUGAUUACGUGUAUCCGGACAAUUACUUGGCGUUUGCCACUGGCUUUGCUUUGAAUGGCAGUUUGACACAGUCUGCUUUGCGCAGUGCUCGUCGGCCAUCCCACGUUUAG